AUGGAUUUUGGAGAAUUUCGCUUUCGGAAGAAGCGGAGACCCUGGUUCGUGGACCUCUCCUCCAUCACCUUGGUAACUGCAGCGCUCGCGCUGUGCCACGUGCCCCUGGCUCGCGCAGAUCCAGUGGACGUGCUGCGGGUGCUACAGUUGCCGUCACUGCCUGAGGGAGUGCGCAAGGUUCCUGGCUUUUGCACCUCCCGCCGUUCAGGUGCCCCUGAUGAGGCCUACCGCAUCACCAAGAAGGCACAGAUCUCUGCUCCCACCAAGCAGAUCUUCUCAGGUCAGUUCCCAGAGAACUUCUCCAUUAUGGCUCUGGUGAAGGCCCAGUCUGGCCUGCAGGCUUUCCUGCUGUCCAUCUAUAAUGCACAGGGAGUGCAGCAGUUGGGUGUGGAGCUGGGCCGCUCCCCAGUCUUCCUGUAUGAGGACCAGAUGAGGAAACCCGCCCCUGAGGACUACCCACUUUUCAAGGGUGUCAACCUGGCUGAUGGCAAGUGGCAUCGCAUUGCCAUUUCUGUGAACAAGAAGACCGUUACACUGAUUCUAGACUGCAAGAAGCCUGUGACCAAGCCUCUGCUACGGAGUGAUAAGCCGGUUCUGGAUGUUAAGGGCAUUACUGUGUUUGGUGCCCGCUUGCUGGACGAGGAGGUCUUCCAGGGAGAUAUCCAACAGCUGCUGAUUGCACCCAACCCUCAGGCUGCCUAUGACUUCUGUGAACAUUACAGCCCAGACUGCGACUCGCCCCUUCCCAACACACAAGCCCAGGACCCCAGCACAUAUAAGAGCAAGGCAGCUAAUGGCAACCGCAGCAAGCCCAAGCCCAUGCUGGCCAAGCCCAAGGCAGCCACAGCCAAACCGGCAUCAGCCAAGUCUAAACCGACCCCUGCCAAACCUAAAUCAAAGCCUACUCCCAAACCAAAGCCCACACUAGCCAGCAAAAAUGGCAAUGGCAAUGGCAAAAAUGGGACAGUGAAAAAUGGCGAUGCCAAAAAUAGUAAUGGCAAAAAUGGAAACGGAAAAAGCAAUAACAACAAAUUUCAAAACAUUAAGAGUUACCACACUCAAAAGCCUCCUUUUGUCAAAGCUACGUCCAAGACAGCAGCAGCAGCCACCAAAACACCUGCUUCUACCAAGACCGAGAAAUCUGCAUUGACUGUGAAGGCCAAUAAUGGAAAAUUGGUGAGCAAAAUUGAGGCCAAAAAGUAUCCUCCCUUCGGGAAGUCUGCAGUGAGAUCCACCACCGCCUCAAUGCCAGCUAAACCCAAGAAGAGACCAGGCAACGGUUAUCAACAGGACAUAGAUCCUGCCCACACAGAGACUGACUCCACCCCCAGAGAGAUGGAUUAUUAUUUCACCUUAGAAAACGAGAAGGCGGUAUCACAGCCAGACAGUGAGGUGAUUGAACAGGAAGUCCCUACAAAUAAGGUGGAAGAGACAGUGGUGGCCGAGGAGGUAGAUUUGCCCAAGUCGGGUGGCGAAGGGGUGUCACAGUCCCCAGAUGAUUUCUUCACCGAGGAGUACGUGACUGGAGAUGCCGGCAUGAAGGAGUACGACUAUUCCUACAAAGACUACAGUGAGCCCUUCCCCGAGGUCGAUACCGGAUCCCCGCGUGGCGACAUUGGCCCCGCUCUGUCCGCCGUGACAGAUGAGGGAGGCGCCUCAGUAAGAGCCCAGAAAGGAGAAAAGGGUGAACCUGCUGUCCUUGAACCUGGUAUGCUAAUUGAAGGACCUCCUGGAUCGGAAGGACCACCAGGUCUUCCUGGGCCCCCUGGCCCCACAGGACCUCCUGGUUCAAUUGGCGAUCCUGGUGAAAGGGGGCCUCCUGGUCGGUCUGGUCUACCUGGAGCUGAUGGGGUGCCUGGGCCCCCCGGAUCAUCCAUCAUGCUUCCUUUCCGUUUCGGCAACAGUGGAGGUGGCAAGGGUCCCAUCGUCUCUGCCCAGGAAGCACAAGCACAGGCCAUGCUCUCACAGGCCAGGCUUGCACUGAAAGGUCCACCAGGACCAAUGGGAUACACAGGCCGGCCGGGACCCAUGGGAAGUCCUGGAAGUCUUGGGUUUAAGGGUGAGAGUGGGGACCCAGGACCUCAGGGUCCUAGAGGAACACAGGGCCUGCAAGGACCCCCUGGCAAAGCAGGGCGCCGGGGUCGAUCUGGAGCUGAUGGAGCCAGAGGGAUGCCAGGAGAACCUGGAUCUAAGGGUGAUCGUGGCUUUGAUGGGUUGCCUGGUUUGCCUGGCGACAAAGGACACAGGGGAGAACCUGGACCAGUAGGACCCCCUGGUCCUCUUGGAGAAGAUGGAGAGAGGGGUGAUGAUGGAGAAGUUGGACCUAGGGGUCUUCCUGGUGAACCAGGACCUCGUGGUUUGUUGGGACCUAAAGGGCCCUCUGGAAUUCCUGGGCCUCCUGGUGUGAGAGGAAACGAUGGGCCCCAGGGUCCAAAGGGAAAUCUAGGUCCUCAAGGAGAACCAGGCCCCCCAGGACAGCAGGGCACCCCAGGAACACAGGGAAUGCCAGGACCCCAGGGACCCAUUGGACCCCCAGGGGAGAAGGGACCCACAGGAAAGCCAGGUCUGCCUGGUAUGCCUGGAGCUGAUGGUCCCCCGGGACACCCAGGCAAAGAGGGACCAUCUGGAGCUAAAGGAAAUCAGGGCCCCAUUGGACCCCAGGGCAGUAUUGGCUAUCCUGGUCCCCGUGGCAUCAAGGGUGUGCAAGGUAUUCGUGGGUUAAAGGGACAUAAAGGAGAGAAGGGUGAAGAUGGAUUCCCUGGAAUCAAGGGUGAUUUUGGAGUCAAGGGUGACAGGGGAGAGAUUGGCGUUUCUGGGCCCCGAGGAGAAGAUGGCCCUGAGGGGCCGAAGGGACGUGUGGGGCCCCCUGGUGAAGUGGGCCCAAUUGGCCAUGUAGGAGAGAAGGGUAAACUUGGUGUUCCUGGACUGCCUGGAUAUCCUGGAAGACAAGGACCUAAGGGAUCCCUUGGUUUCCCAGGAUUCCCUGGUACAAACGGCGAGAAGGGUGCAAGGGGACUGUCUGGGAAGCUGGGACCAAGAGGUCAAAGAGGACCAACGGGGCCCAGGGGCCAGAGAGGGCCACGUGGAGCUACAGGAAAGCCAGGAGCCAAGGGUACUUCAGGUAGUGAUGGACCUCCCGGUCCUCCAGGUGAAAGGGGAUUGCCUGGACCUCAAGGAGCAAAUGGCUUCCCCGGACCAAAAGGACCACCAGGCCCACCAGGGAAAGAUGGACUUCCUGGACACCCUGGACAGAGAGGAGAAGUUGGCUUCCAAGGAAAGACAGGUCCUCCUGGACCUCCAGGAGUUGUUGGUCCUCAGGGGCCCUCUGGAGAGACUGGCCCUAUGGGUGAACGAGGUCACCCUGGCCCUCCAGGGCCACCAGGUGAGCAAGGGCUUCCUGGUCCAUCUGGGAAGGAGGGAACCAAGGGUGACCCAGGUCCACCAGGGCCUUCUGGCAAGGAUGGGCCUCCUGGGCUGAGAGGUUUCCCUGGAGAGAGAGGACUUCCUGGCACAUCGGGAGGUCCAGGACUAAAAGGAAGUGAAGGUCCUGCUGGACCUCCUGGUCCAGCUGGCUCUACUGGUGAAAGAGGUCCUGCUGGCAGUGGUGGCCCCAUUGGCCCUCCAGGGAGACCUGGCCCCCAGGGUCCUCCAGGUCCAGCAGGAGAGAAGGGAGUUCCUGGCGAGAAAGGUCCAAUUGGGCCUGCUGGACGUGAUGGCAUCCAAGGCCCAGUAGGCUUACCAGGCCCUGCUGGACCUCCAGGAACACCCGGAGAGGAUGGAGACAAGGGUGAAGUUGGAGAGCCUGGUCAGAAGGGAGCCAAAGGCGAAAAGGGAGAACAUGGCCCUCCUGGUCCACCAGGGCCAAUGGGCCCAGUAGGUCAACCAGGAGCUCCUGGUGCUGAUGGAGAGACUGGACCCAGGGGCCAACAGGGACCAUUUGGGGCCAAAGGAGAUGAGGGUUCAAGAGGGUUCCCUGGGCCUCCUGGUCCAAUAGGACUGCAGGGACUGCCAGGCCCCUCAGGAGAGAAGGGAGAGACCGGCGAUGUGGGACCAAUGGGACCUCCUGGGCCUCCAGGCCCCCGUGGUCCUGCUGGACCCAAUGGAGCAGAUGGUCCUCAGGGUCCUCCGGGUGGGUUGGGUAACCCAGGCAACGUAGGCGAGAAAGGUGAGCCUGGUGAAUCUGGACCACCUGGAAUAGCAGGAGAACCAGGAAAGAAGGGUCCUCGUGGAGAGCGCGGUGACAAGGGGGAGGCAGGACAGCCUGGAACACCAGGCCCUCCUGGAGGAAAGGGUCCUCCUGGAGAUGAUGGACCUAAAGGAAACCCUGGCCCUGUUGGUUUCCCUGGUGAUCCUGGCCCCCCUGGUGAAGUUGGUCCUAGAGGUCAAGAUGGAGCAAAGGGUGAGAGAGGAGAAGAUGGAGAACAGGGAGAACCGGGCUCACCUGGGCCCACUGGGGAAAACGGACCCCCUGGCCCCCCAGGGAAGAGGGGUCCUCCAGGAACAAGAGGACCUGAGGGGCGUCAGGGAGAAAAGGGAGCUAAGGGAGACCCAGGUGCCAACGGACCUCCUGGAAAGACAGGUCCUGUCGGGCCACAGGGUCCCCCAGGGAAGCCAGGAACAGAAGGUCUGAGAGGAAUCCCUGGACGAGUGGGUGAACAAGGUGCUCCCGGACCUGCUGGACAGAAGGGUCCCCCAGGACCUAUGGGACCCCCAGGGUUGCCAGGUCUACGUGGUGACCCAGGGGCUAAGGGUGAGAAAGGUCAUGCAGGUCUGAUUGGUCUUAUCGGACCCCCAGGAGAGCAGGGAGAGAAGGGAGACAGGGGUCUUCCAGGGCCCCAGGGAACAACUGGACCCAAAGGAGAGCCGGGUAUUGCUGGAGCCUCUGGCCCACUUGGUCCUGCUGGCCCCCCUGGUCUGCCUGGUCCUCAAGGUUUUAAGGGUGCCAAGGGUGCAACAGGUUCAGCUGGCCCUAAGGGUGAGAAAGGUGUGCAAGGACCACCUGGACCUCCAGGUCCCCCUGGAGAAGUCAUCCAGCCCCUGCCCAUUCUGAUCCCCAAGAAGUCCAAGCGCUCCAUUGAUGCCAGCCAGAUACUGCCCUCGGAUUCAGCCGGAAGCGAGUUCUUGACUGGCAACGAGGGCAUGGAGGAAAUUUAUGGUUCCAUCAACUCGCUGAAGCGAGAGAUCGAUACAAUGCGUUUCCCACUGGGGACCCAGGACAGCCCUGCCCGCACCUGCCAGGACCUGAAACUGAGCCAGCCAGACUACAAAGAUGGUGAGUACUGGAUUGACCCCAACCAAGGCUGCUCACGUGACUCCUUCAAGGUGUUCUGCAACUUCACUGCUGGUGGGGAGACCUGCUUGUACCCCAGCAAGAACAGUGAAACGGUAAAUAUGGAUUCCUGGUCCACAGAAACUCCUGGCUCCUGGUACAGCCAGUUUACAACGGGAAGCAAACUCUCCUAUGUGGACUCUAACGGGGAGCUUGUGGGUGUGGUGCAGCUGGGAUUCCUGCGUCUCCUCAGUGUCCAGGCCAGACAGAACCUCACUUACCACUGCCACCGCUCUGUGGCCUGGGCCGACCGCACUGCCAAUGACGGCCACGAGAGGGCGCUGCACUUCCUGGGAGCCAAUGAUGAAGAGCUCAGCUAUGAAACCAGUCCCUACAUCAAAGCUCUCACCGAUGGCUGCUCUUAUCGCAAAGGAUUCGACAGAACAGUGCUGGAAGUGAACACUCCCCUGGUGGAACAGCUCCCCCUGCUGGACAUCAAGAUCUCAGACUUUGGGGAGAGCAACCAGAAAUUUGGCUUUGAUGUGGGACCUGUCUGUUUCCUGGGAUAAAACACGUACAAAUACACACAUAUAAUCAGAGAGAGAGAAAGAGACACUUCAAUGCGUUCAUUUAUACUGAUACACACAUGCAUGCACGGACACACACAGAAUCUCUUGAUUCCUCAACAAAAUCAAAGAUGAGGAAUACUGACACACUAAUGCUGUUUUAAACAGACAUGCAUUCACUCAAAUGUACACAUCCAGGAGAAAAAAUUCCAACAGCUGAUGGACAAGAGAAGAGAAAAGAAAAAUCAAAUACAUCUCACAAUGAGGAGAGCAAAGAUCUACCUUGAGGAAGAGAAACAGCAUUCUGACCAAAGCAGAAUAAAACGGUGGUUUAAACAAACAGCUCGAUCCCAAAGUUUUCAAUUUCAUCCAGCCUGCAAGAACCCCAGUUCUGGAUACACCUCUCCCUGCUCCCACCUCUGUGCUACUUCUCUCUCGAGCUGUUUCUCUCUCCCUACCUCUCCGCUUUCUCUCCACGCACCUCUCACUCAAUGCCCGGCCCUUCCUGUCUCGCCUGACAGAAAAGGAUACCUGAGAAAAGUAUGCAAGUUAUACCAAGUUAAGAACAGUGUCCAAAGGAAGAGGAAUAACAGCCUGAAGACCAAAAAAGACUAAAGAGAAGCUCAGUAACUGGAAUCCCAUGGUGCUCCUUCCUGUUCCUUCUGUUUCUGUGAAUUUUGUAUUUGUUAACAUCUGGCUGCUGUAGUAUUGAGAGGGAAAUUCAGUGUUAGAGCAGCACCACAUUCUCAUGAGGGCGUGUCAAUCAUUCAUGACCAGCAGACACAGAAUACAUGUGUAGAGAAGUACACGCUGAGGAGUUUGAGUACAGUGUUACAUUGGAAUAGCCAUCACCCUUCCAGUACUGUAACAAAGACCAAUGUUUUAUCAGCAAUGACUAAUAAUAUGGUUGUUUACCAUGCCUGUGUCUCAGUGCCUGUAUAAUGCCGUUAACUGAGGGACAGGCUGACUUAGUCUCGUCUAAAUCGUUCAAAAUCAAAGCCAUUAAAACCAAGCAAACUGCACCAGACUUGAUGUUUUUUACAUGUAUUUUCAGCUGCCGCUGUCUAUUGUAACAAGUGGACGUGUACACACCACAUUUAACCUGUCAAGUACGAUAGAAAAAAUUCUAGAUGAAUUUCAAGGCGGUGAACUAGGUUUGUUUACUGAAUUACUUUUUAUAACAUGCUUGUUGACAUAUUUUCUUUGUAAGACCAGGUAUCAGGGUUAAAUAUGUGUAUGAACUUUACAUGGGAUAUUGGAGUUGUCCUUGAUAGCAGCGAAUUCAGUGCACAAGGUCUGAUGCUGUGAGCUGGGUAUAUAGGUCAAACGUAAUAUUCAUUUCACUCUCUUUAGUGCCCUUAUAUAGUUUUCAGACUGAACUCUUCAACCCUUAUGUACAGAAAAACUUUUAUUUAUUAAAAAACACAAGGUGCUUAAACUCAAAUUAAAUGACAGUUUAAAUGUGGUAUUUCACUUAUUUAUUUUGCUUUCUUGCCAAUCAGAGAAGGAUUAAAUCCAUAUUUUAAAAAGUAAAUAAAGAAGUGAAUCCAUGGUUUCAGUGCACACACCUUUAACAUGCAUGUGUCACAUGUGUCACACAGCAUCUGUGGGCUGUACUCUCCAGUUUGCUCUCACUCUACCCACUAAAUGAGGGCUCUGCGCCUGUCAUUUCUCACUGCGGUUCCUACUGGUGGACUGAGCUCAAUCUCCUGGGGAAUGGGGAGAGAACUGGGCUGGUUGGGGGAGGGGGUACAGUGUGCAAGAGGGAAAAGAACCCUAUUUAUACAUGAGUGUGGGGGGGCUGUUUAUAUUGAAUAAACAGCUAUCUGAAAUGUAUGAUGCGUUUACCUUUUUGAUUCAUUUGUUGCGUUAUCAGGGUUAGGAGGGAGGGGGAAUAAUAGUAAAACUCUUGGUGUUGGAAAGCUGUGUAGUUUUGUCAAGAUCACCCUUAAGAUCUGUUUUUCUUCCAGAAAACAAACUAGUAAAUUCCAGCAAAAUAUGGUGCUGAAAACAGAAGUAUUUUCUAAUGUGUGUAAUUAAUUUCAGAAAAAAUAUGUAAUAUAUAAUCUUUUUAAAGAGUUGCU